AUUUUCCUCUCUUUCUUUCUUUCUUUCUCUUUUACUUCUUUUUGUUUCGUAUAAUGUAUAAAAUAACGCCUCGGCUAUAUGAAAAAAUAAAACAUUUUGCACGCUUCCCUCAAACAGGUGUUUCUCUUAAACAAAUGGUUAUGUUUGGUCAGAAACCCGCACCCGCUACUUUAUUUAAAGCAAGUCAGUUUUUACAUGAGGAGUUACCUAUUCGUUUAGCACACCGUGUGAAAGAAUUGGACGAACUUCCUCAAAGUCUUGGAGAAAUGCCCUCUAUCAUUAAGGUCAAGAACUGGUAUGCACAAUCAUUUCAAGAAUUGAUCGAAUUACCACAUCCCGAAAUAACACCCGAACUAAAGGCUACUUUUCGAUCAGCCUCAAAGCAUGCACCACCAUUACCUGAAAGCACACCUAAUUUGGCUAUACCACUCUUAAAGCCUGCCAAAAAAUAUUUUCCAAGUGUGUCUAUUGGUCAUAGAUAUUACAACAAUAUUGAAAAUGUCGAGUGUCCACCUUCUAUAUUAUCUUAUACCGAUGCCUUUGUCAGAACUAUUGAAGGUGUUAAAAGAAGACACGAUCCAGUAGUGACUACGAUGGCACAGGGCAUUAUGGAAUAUAAAGAACAUCGUCAGGCAAACAUGAUUGAUUCGGACGUGCAGCAGUUUUUAGACAGAUUUUAUAUGUCCAGAAUCGGGAUCCGAAUGCUGAUUGGUCAACAUUCAGCCCUGUACCGUGGACCCUUUAUGCGAAAUUAUGUAGGCGUGAUUUGUACAAAGACAAACAUUAAAGAGAUAUGCCAAGAUGCCAUAGCAAAUGCUCGGUUUAUUUGUGAAGAUCAUUAUGGUUUAUUUAAGGCUCCGGAUGUACAGAUGUUUUGUCCUGGAGACAUUGAGUUCAUGUACGUUCCUUCUCACUUGAACCAUAUGGUAUUUGAAUUGCUCAAGAAUUCACUGCGUGCUGUGGUAGAACGGUUUGGUACUGAUUACGAAGACGAAUACCCACCAAUUAAAUUGAUCAUUGCCCACGGAAAAGAAGAUAUCACCAUUAAGAUUUCGGAUGAAGGAGGUGGGUUACCCAGAUCAGGCAUACCAGUUGUUUGGACUUAUAUGUAUACAACAGCAAAAGCACAAGAAUUAGAACCUGAAUUUAAUAAGUCAGAAUUUAAGGCACCUAUGGCAGGAUUUGGUUAUGGCUUGCCUAUUUCUAGAUUGGUAUAAAAUAUUACUUUUAUUGAUCAUACUUAUUCUUCUGUAGUAUGCAAGAUAUUUUGGUGGCGAUUUGAAGCUGAUAUCUAUGGAAGGUUAUGGUACUGAUGCAUAUCUUCAUUUAAAUCGCCUUUCUAAUAGUGAUGAACCACUUAUCAUGUAAAAAAAAAAAAUUGUUUGCAAUAAAAAACAGAUUCUAUGGAAGUCUGAUGAUUAAGCUUGUUUAUUUUUUUU